AUGUCGGCCAAGGAAUCGGAGCGCAGGCGCAUCCUCGACAACCUGCGUGCAAUGAAGCAGGGCGGACCUGCUCCCCAACCUGCUGCGCUAUCCAUGUCCAGCUCCACCUCGGGUCCCACGGGGACCGCUGAGCACCCAAUAUCCAUCAACGGCACGCCCGAGCCGCAGCCUGCCAACGGCAACGGCGUGCUCGUACCCUCCAGCUCGCCUGGCGCGUACCCCGCCCCGCUGCCUGCACCUCGAGGCUCGACGGCGAUUCCCUCGUCCAACCUCGCCCGCACCGCGGCCGCACUGGGUUCCCCACUCGGCACUCUCAAUGCUGUCCGCGGGAACGGAAAUGGGGUGGCGGGCGCCGCCGCCAGCGUGAGCCCCAACGGAGCCAAGGCAGCGGGCAAGCCGUCGCUCGCCGACUUCUCGCCAUCGUCGCCACAGCCGCUUUCGCGCCUCAAGAAGCGCUACGGCGACGACGAGUCGCCCACCAAGCCCGCUGCGGCGUCUCUUGUCGCCGCUGCUGGCGGCGCGGGUCCCAGCCGCUCCGGCGCCGCUGUGAGCCGCUUCCAGCCCAAGGGCCGAGGCACGCCCAAGCUCAUUGCGGCGGCCAAGGCCGAGCACAACAGCGAGCGCGAGACGACCAUCAACCGCUUCAUGACGCAGUUCCCCAACGUGCCCCGCCAUGACAUUGCGCAGGCCAUGUAUCGCCACGGCGAGAACGACGCGCAGGCGCUGCUCAACGAGCUGCGCCGCGCCAACAACAGGCCCGCCGCCGCGGCCCCGCCUCCCAAGACGGUCAACCUCCAGGCGUUCGCGUUCCAGCCCGCGGUGCCCAGCUCGUCGUCGAUCGCGCCGCCGCCCUCGGCGUCCACAUCGCUCUCGCUCCCUGCCAUGCCUGGCCUGCCGCAGGCGUCGGCGGGCACCACGUCCGCCGCGGCCGUGAUGGCACAGGCGGCUGCCGCGCGGCCCAACGGUGGCAAGAGGCGAAAGAACGAAAAGUCGACGAUUUACGCCAACCGCGAAGAGAAAAAGAACAAGAAGCGCGACCCGGACAAUGACGAGUCCGAGUCCGAGGCCGACUCGGACGGCGGGAGCGACGCGUGGUCUGGCGACGAGACGCGGAAACGCAAAAAGCGCCGGUCGACCGAUGAAGACGAGGUGGAUGCCGAAGGCGCCGCGCUCGAGGCGUUCAACAACGCCGAGGCGUCCGUCCUCACGGGCACCAUUGCGUGCAGUGACGAGCAGGCCGAGCGGAUCAUCUCGCUGCGGCCGUACGACGGCACCGACGACGUGUACCACAAGCUGUCCAAGGCGCGCGGCGUCUCGUACAAGCUGUUUGAGCAGUACACCGAGAUCAUGGAGGGUUACGUGCAGAUUGACGCGUGCCUCAACCGCUGCGAGAGCAUUGCCAACGACAUUGCGCACACGCUGUCGGUGUGGAAGGGCGCCGCGACCCUCAGCAGCAGCGUGACGGGCACGCCGCGGUCGGACGGCCUCAACGACGUCAAGGUCGACGUCGACAAGGUGUCGGAACUGCUGCGCAACGAGACGGACAUGAAGCGCCGCAAAAUCCUCAGCUCGUACAUCCGCACCCAGCCGUCGCUGCUCAGCGAGGGCACCGUGCUCAAGGACUACCAGCUGCUCGGCGUCAACUGGCUCAACCUCUUGUGGUCGCGCAAGAUCGGAUGCAUCCUCGCCGACGAGAUGGGUCUGGGCAAGACCAUCCAGGUCAUUGCGUUCUUGGCGUACCUAAAGGAAAAGGGUGUAAAGGGCCCGCACAUGAUCUUUGUCCCGGCCUCGACACUCGAAAACUGGACGCGUGAGUUUGACCGGUUUGCGCCCGACAUCGACGUCCAGACGUACUAUGGCUCGCAGAACGAGCGCGCCGAGCUGCGCGAGGUGCUCAAGCGCAAGGCGCGCGAUGGCGAGCUCGAGGUCGUCCUCGCGUCGUACACGCAGGUGGCGAGCCACGACGACCUCAAGUUUUUCCGCCGGAAAAUCGAGUUUGAGACGUGUGUCUACGACGAGGCGCACGCCCUCAAGAGCUUUACCACAAAACGAUACCAGGACCUGGUGUCGAUUCGCCCCAAGUGGCGCCUGCUCCUCACGGGCACGCCCGUCCAGAACAACCUGCAAGAGCUCGUGUCGCUGCUCAUGUUCAUCCACAAGGACAUCUUCGUCGAGGCCGAGCCGUACCUCCGUGCCAUCUUCAAGGUCCAGUCGCAGGGCCAGGUCAACAUGCUGUCGCAGCAGCGCGUGUCGCGCGCGCGGACGAUGCUCACGCCGUUUGUCCUCCGUCGCCGAAAGGCUAAUGUCCUUACCCUCCCGCCCAAGAUUGAGCGCGUGCAAGAGUGCGAGAUGACGCCAACCCAGGCGCGCCUGUACCGCGAGACGCUGCGGCGGUCGCGCAAGGCCAUGGCCGAGAUGAGCGAGGAGGCGCUCGCGGCCGUCGCGGACGAGGACGAGGACGGCAAGAAGAAGCCCAAGGGCAAAGCCGCAAAGGGCAAAGUGGUCGCGGACAAGAACUCGUCUGCCAACAUUCUCAUGGACCUGCGCAAGGCCGCAAGCCACCCGCUCCUCUUCCGCCGCCUGUACAACUCGGCCAAGGUCCAGCAGAUUGCAAAGGCGUGUCUGAACACGCCCAAGUGGUGCGACUCGCGCCUCGACUAUGUCAUCGAGGACCUCGAGGUCAUGAGCGAUGCCGAGAUCCACCACUUUGUCACCGAGCACGAGGAGCUCGAGCAUUUCGCGCUCACGCCCGACACGUUCCUCGAGUGCGGCAAAGUGCAAGCGCUCAAGGAACACAUUGACCGGUGUAUCGCCGACGGCAAGCGCAUGCUCCUCUUCAGCCAGUUUACAAUGAUCCUCGACAUUCUCCAGGUGACCCUCGACCACCUGAACGUGCGCUACAUCCGCCUCGACGGCGGCACGCGCACCGACGAGCGCCAGGGCCUGGUGGACGAUUUCAACGACGACGAGGAAAUCACCGUCUUCUUGCUAUCCACAAAGGCCGGCGGCGUCGGCAUCAACCUGACGGCCGCGUCGGUCGUCGUCAUCUUUGACCAAGACUUCAACCCGCACAACGACAGGCAGGCCGCCGACCGCGCGUACCGUAUCGGCCAGGAACGCGAGGUCGAGGUCAUCAAGCUCAUCUCCAAGGACUCGAUCGACGAGGACAUUCUCAGUAUCGGCGUGACAAAGCUGCAGCUCGACGACAUGGUCGGCGGCGACGAGAGCCCCGCCGCGGGCGGCGCCGCUGGCGCGGCUGGUGGGGCGGCCGCAGGAGAAGGCGCCGGCGACGACAAGACGGCCAAGGAGCUGAAAAAGUCGCUGCUCACCACCCUCCGGAAGAAGUUUGAGGCCGAGGGAGACGAAAAGGCCCUCGACGACGACUUGGCCGCCAACGCAGAGGACGGCGACGUGCCCAUGCCAGAGAGCACGCAGGUCAAGCGCGCCCGCGGCGUCACUGCCAAAGUGGAGCCCACGGCGUCGCUCCCUCUGUAG